AUGGGUACUGCAAUAGAUGUCCUAGAUAUUCUCGAUCUGAAUGAAUCAAGUCCCAGAAAGUCUAUGCUUGAUAGAGAAGCCAUUCUGAGUCGUGCAGAGAAGAGGAAAAGUUCUCGCCCUAACCCACCACCAAAAAGACCCGAUCAUGUUCCUCGUGAAGUUUGGGGCUUACAUAGCACUCUUAACAAUAAUCUUCCUCCGAUUAUGCCAACUGAUAAUACACCUCUUUAUAAACAACCCAAAGCUGUGAUUGGUGUAGGGCGAGUUCGUUCUUGGCAAUGGACACCAUUUACAAAUUCCGCUAGACAAGAUAAUUUAGUCUUAUAUCAUUGGAGACGAGAAAGCGCUGAUCCAGAGGCUAAUAAAGAUUAUUAUUUUGCACGAUACAACAAGCAUGUCACUGUUCCUGAAUACACUACCGAAGAGUACGAAACAAUGCUAAAGGAUCUAAAAUGGAGUGAAGAGCGUACAGCACAUUUGAUGGAAUUAGCUAAACGUUUUGAUUUACGUUUUAUUCAUAUGAGAGAUCGAUGGGAUUGUGAAAAGUUUCCUGGACGUCCAUCUGUUGAAGAUCUCAAAGAAAGAUAUUAUGGAAUUCUAACACAAUUAGAUAAGGCUCGUGGAACAAAUCUUUCACAAGGUCUACGAUAUGAUGCAGCACAUGAACGUCGACGUAAACAACAAUUAAGUUUACUUUAUGGUCGUACAAAAGAUCAAGUUGAAGAAGAACAACGUUUAAUUAUGGAAUUGCGUAAAAUUGAAGCUAGACGUAAAGAACGUGAACGUAAAAAACAAGAUUUACAAAAACUUAUCUCAUUGGCUGACAGUGUAACUCGGGAAUGUGAAUUAUCUGAGCAUACAGGUUAUGAGACGAAUACAGAUGAUACAAAUUCUUGGCUUACAUCUACACACUCGUCUGUUGGCGGUGGUUUAUCAUCUUCCAAUAAUUCAUUGUUAACAUCAACAACACUAACAGGAAAUACUGGAUUACAACGUAAACGACCAAGUGGUGUUAGUGGUUUGAAUGCUAGUAAUAACAAUAUUGGCAAUAUUACAUCAUCAUCUAGUCAGUUAAUUGGAAAUACAAAUUCACUCAUCAAUACAGAUUCUAGUUGUACUAAUUUAACAGGUCUAGGAGUAGCUGGUGGUGCUAAUACUGGAGCAUCGAUAUCCUCCGGAGAUAUUUGUGCUUCGUUAAAUUCUGCCUCGAAUACAGCUAAUACUGCACUAAAUACACAAUAUUCAAUAAACUUUUUGGAUGUUAGCAAAAAUCCCGGUGCUCAUCUACGUAGUCAAAAGAUGAAAUUACCCAGUAAUUUAGGACAGAAAAAGACAAGAAUCAUUGAAAACUUCUUAGGUCAUUUACAAAUUGAUCCUAAUCCACCGGCAACGGCAGAAAUUGUUGAAGCGUAUAAUGGUUUACGUUCAAAAAUUCUACUUUUAUUCGAUUUACGUCUAGCUCUAUUAAAUUGUGACUUGGAACUACACUCAGCUCGGCUACGACUAGAAACAUUUGCUCCUAAUAAACCAUUACCUUGUGGACUUGCUAGUCUUCCAAAUCCUAGUAUAUCCGAAUCACCUGAAGAUUCUUAUUAUAAUUUGAUAGAUCCAUUGAUUUUAUCAGCACUUCGUGUAGCCGACUCAAAACGUCCAAUUCUACCGCGUCAUUCACUUGGAGUUGCUGGUACAUUGGCUGCGGCUGCUGGAAGUUUAGGUAUGCAUAAUAUGACUAGCGGAAGUAGUGGUAUUCCACCUAUGAAUACAACAAUGGAGAAAUCAGAUACAAAACAAUGUCGAUUGAACUCAUCGUCUAUUGUAAAUUCUUCAGAUAAUGGACAGUAUAAUUCUAGUGGAUUAACAACUACUCGAUCAUCUCCAGCAUUGUCAGGAGGUGGUGGAGGCACUGGAAAUCUAGACUCGGAUAAUUCAUCAUCAGCCGGAGAUGGUAUCGGUAGUUCACAACGUCGUAGAAGAGCAGCAGCUUUAGAACAAGGACGUGUUUUAAAGAAACUUAAAAUUAAAGGACAACUUGUUGAUUGAAACUGUUAUUUAUGGAGAAACAAACAAAAAUUCUUUGUUGUGUAUGUG